ACUCGUGCGAUGUGAGGCAGAGGGACGGAGGUGUAGAGGGACGGAGGUGCUCCGAGCUUACCGACCGGAGAGAGAGUGUGAUCAAAACGUCAGUGACAUUGAGUGAUGCGGUUUGUUUGCAGUGAGUGUGGAGACAUCAGGAGAUCGCUGAUGACACGAUUGGGAUUGACAUGAUUGUCCAAAAUGUGCAGUUGUGCAUUGCGCAUGUAAACAGAGAUAUGCUGCCUCAACAGUGGCAAGAUUGAGAUACAUUUCGUUAGGUUAAGAUGGAUAGUUUCUAGCGAUUCGUUAUCAAUCAACCAGCAAGAGGUGUACAUAUGCUGGAGAACUACCUGAAGACGUUCUUCCCGUUUCGGAGGGUCUGUUUCGGCAAUUUCAUCACGCCAACGUCACGGUGGCAUCCUGCAUCCUCUGAUGACGUCCCUGUGACGUCACGGAGCGGUCGGCGCGGCGCAGCGGCGGCGGCGGCGGUCCGCUCGCCAGUCGUCGGAGGGAGCCGCCCGGGUGUCCAUGACGGAGGAGUGCUGGACCCGCCGAGGAGUGCCGGUGAUGUGAGUGCCGUGCCGCCGUGUCGCCGCCGCUGAGCGGAGUCUGGUGCCGCCAUGGUGCGUGUGGCGGUGGUGCCGCGCGUGACGCCGCUGGUGCUGGCGCUGGUGAGCGGUGCCGUGGCCAGCCGGCUGGUGACCACCCAGUACGGCCAGCUGCAGGGCUUCCUGCGCUCGUUCCAGCGCUAUCAGGUGUCGGGAGCGCCCGCCCUCCUACCCGUGAACGUGUUCCUGGGCGUGCCGUACGCCCGGCCGCCGCUCGGCUCGAACCGGUUCUCUCCGACCCGGACCCUGGCGCCGUGGAAGGGGACCGGUGUGAGGAGCGCCACACAACUGGCGCCCGUGUGUCCUCAAAAACUGCCCGCCGAGGACAGGGAGGAGGCGCUGAGGAACAUGCCGCGCGAGGCGUUCGAGAGGACACAGCGGCUCCGGGCGCAGCUGAAAAAUCAGAGCGAGGAUUGUCUCUACCUGAACGUCUACGCGCCUGCUCAUCGCGGCGCCGACCUGUACCCCGUGAUGGUGUACAUCCACGGCGACUCGUACCUCUGGUCGUCGGGAAACCUGUACGACGGCGGCGUGCUGGCCAGCUUUGGCGAGGUGGUGGUCAUCACCAUCAACUAUCGACUCGGCCUGUUCGGUUUUCUGAACCCGAGCGUGGGCCCCACGCAGCAGGUGACCAACAACGGCCUGCUGGACCAGAUCGCUGCGCUGCACUGGAUCCAGCAGAAUGUGGAGGCGUUCGGCGGUGACCCGGACAAGGUCACCCUGUUUGGCCACGGCUCCGGAGCAGCCUGCAUCAGCUUUCUGCUCAACUCACCGGCGGCCGUCACUGAUCUCUUCCACCGGGCGAUCGUGAUGUCGGGCUCGUCUCUGAGCAGUCUGGCUGUGGUGCAGGACCCGGCACAGUACGCGCUCCGACUGGGGGUGCAGGUGGGCUGCGUAGAGUCCGAGGACUCCACCACCAACAGCGAGCUGCUGGUCGACUGCCUCCGCGAGCAGAGCGUCGAGAGACUGCUGGAAGCGGAUGUUGGAGGGUACCAGUUUCUGCCGACGUUUGGGCCCAGCGUGGACCGCGUCGUCGUGCCGGCGACGGUGCGGAGAGGCGCCAGACGCAACCAGGGCAAGGUGUACAGUCUGAUGUUUGGUGUGGCUGAGCGGGACGCCUCGAACAUGCUGGCCGAUGACGACUUACGCGAAGGCAUGACGCUCGACCGGCGCGACCGGGUGCUGCGCUCGUUUGUGCGGAACACGCACUGCUACAGCAAUGUGGAGAUUUUCUACUCGAUCAUUAACGCAUACACCGAGUGGGGCCGAGCGCGGCGCGGUGACAAGGAGCGGCGCGAUGAGACGUUAGCGGCGCUCACGGACGCGGUGUUCGUGGCACCCGUGACGGCCGACGCCGACCUGCACGCGCCGCUGGAGGCAUCCCCGAAGGACGCCGACCCGACCUUCUUCUACGUCUUCAACAGAGAGAAGAAGGGAGCCCCGUCAGACGAGAGCGUGGGAGGAGAGCACGGCGCAGAGAUACCGUUCGUGUUCGGCUGGCCCCUGGUUCAGGAGACCACCGGCGCGCCGCAGUUCACUGCUGACGACAUCGCCCUCAGUCAGACCGUCAUGACCUUCUGGACCAGUUUCGCCAAAACCGGGGAUCCGAACGAGCCACCUGGCCCGCCGCCGGGUCGCUCGGCGGACCCUGGCGGGGGCCGGUACAGGACGACGGCCUGGCAGCGUUACGAUCGCACCUUCCGACAGUACAUGGAAAUCGGAGACAACCCGCGGAUGCGCAGCCACUACCGAGCGCGUCAGGUGGCCUUCUGGAACGAGCUGGUGCCGCAGCUGCACGAGGCUGGGGAGCGCUCCCGGCGUCCCGAGCUGCAGUUCGAGGACACAGGCGACGCGGCGCACCUCUACAGCGGCCCCGUGCGGCCCUCGUGCUCUCAGAGUCCGCGGGUGCGUAUCGUGACGGCGCCGCCGGCUACCGAGCCUCCGGCCACCACGGCGGCGCCGGUGGUGACCACCAGUGCGUCAGCGCCGACCUCGCCCGCCCCGGUUACCACCCAGAGCCUACACACCAUCUCCCGGAGUCACGAGCGGGGCGCUCCGUCCGACGACGGCUGGACGUACUCGACCGUGCUCAGCGUCACCGUCACCAUCGGCUGCUCACUGCUCGUGCUCAACCUGCUCAUCUUCGCCGGCAUGUACUACCAGCGGAAAAAGUACGAGGAGUCACGUAAACGGUUCCAGAGCAGCGCUCAGCCGAGCACGGUGAGCCUGGACCUCGGCCAGGGUCAGGCACCCGGACCGGGCUCGGUGUCGGCGCGUCGGAAAUCGGUCGGCAGUGGCAGCGACUGCGCGGCGUGUAAGAGCGGCGGCGUCCACCAGCAUGGCAGCCUGGAGUCGGGCAGGCAGACGGCGCUGCCGCCGCCCAACGGCGAGCUCAACUUCGCGGUGCCGAAGCCGCCGCCGCCGCCGCGCGGCAGCACGCUGACUCUGCCGUCCUCAGAGUCGCAGCCGCUGCUUCUGCACCACGCCAGCGCUCCGCCGCCGCGCCGGCCGCCACCGGCGCUCGACGAGCUCCGGGUAUAGCGACCGGCGCGCCGUGCAGCUCAGACCUUUUUGUAGUGCAAAUUUUUCGACGGGUGUGCUGCUGAGCGCGCGUGCGUUUGUGUGCGGGAGACCGACAGUGGGAUCGGACAGAGCCGGAGCCAAAGACAGAGGGGUGGGUGUUGGAAGCAUCAGGGGAAGUGGAAAGAGUACGCCGUUGUGGAGACAAAGAGCGGCGUAUAUGAGGCGGAAAGAGCUGAGGCCGGGCGAAGUGCGUUGUCCGGACGGGCGGAGGAAAUGUGCCGCUAUAGAUGGGUCACGGUGCCGGAGACAAUCUGACGACACCACGCCCGGAAUAUCCACGUUGUCGGCGCAUUGUGUUCCGUUCAGGCAGAGCCGAUUUGUCGAGGCUCUGCCAUAUGGUGGGCCACCUGUUCUUCUAGCCAUGUCUUUGGUGCUAGGCGGUGUCAAAUGCGUGUGCACAUUGGACCACUGUGCGGUAUCUACAUCACUCCAUUAACUCUGGACAGUCACCUCCUGUAUUAGGGGAGCGACUGGUCGGGGACGGAGGAGAGGGUGCGUUCAUCGCUCAUCUAACUCAUUCCGGCACAUAUAGGAUGACACGUGAAUGGAGGCGAGCGUUGAUUGUGUUGCGUCGUCUCCUAGCUUUCCGCCAUCCCUCUAUUCUCAGCUGUGACCGAGCGGCAGCGGCCGGGGAAUCUGCGCGGCACUGCUAGAUUAGGAGCUGUUCUCUCUCUAUCUCUCUCGGGCCGGCCUUUGUUUCUGUUUUUGUGAGUGUAGGGCAGUGGCACCACCAAUCCAGUCACAUCGUAUAGCUGUUAGUUGUAAACGCUGUUUACGGGACAUAUGCUCCCCCAGGCUGUGACAUGAAAUAUUGGAAACUGUUUUUUGGAAUAAACACAACUGUUGUA